GUAAUGUCGUGAGUGGGCAGGAGAGUGAAGAACGGCUUCCUGUUGUGUAUGAUAAGGUUGCUGUGUAUGAUCGAUAUUUUAUCCUAUUCAGUUUGAAGAUGAUAAACCAUAAAUUGAUGACAAGUCGUGUUUAAAAGCGUGAUUGGCUGAAGAUCAAUUUUCAAAAGGAUGAAUUUCUAGACGAGAAUCAUGUAAUGAAUUUUGUAACUCAAAAACAAACACAAAAUAAACCGAUAAUGAAUGUAGUUUAUUGCUGAUGAAUAGCCGUCCAGGUAGAAGUAGAACUACUUACCAAAAAGAAAACCAAAAUUCACACUUUGCUUGUAAUUUGUACCCUUCUGCGCAAAAGGAGCAAUCUUCCACUGCUGCGGAGGAGAUUCAAAAUGGUGCCGCAGUUGCAUUUGCGCAUCAUUUCUACCUACAAGAGAACUAUUACCAGCACCCGGUUCGAUUUACCCUAAAUUUUCCUCGGAAUGGAACAAACACUGCUGACAUCACAGCAAGCGGAUUUGCACAGAGCAAUCGAAAUUUUCCCCACAUUAUUUUAGAACCAUUUUUCUGAUCGUGUUAUUUUUGAAACCUAGCGAUUUACAUUUACUGGAGUCCUAUGGGAUUGAGAUUCCCCGUGCGACGGUGACGUUCGAAGAGGAUCAAUUUUUCUACCUGACCAAUUUUGUCGAAGAUUUUCUAUGCAGUUGCAGCUAAGCAUAUGACGUUUUCCAUAUUUUAUUGAACGCACCACUACCGUGCCAACUGGAUCGGAAUACACCACCAGUUUACACCAGUUUCAAGAAGUGAACAGAGAAUAUAGCAGCGAUUUUGAGAUACAAACCAGAUUUCAAGAACGUCACAUGCAGGAUGGGAAAGUUUGGGGAUAUACGGCCUGUCAGACACUACGCCUUGUCCCAGAAGCUUUUCUGCAUCUCGCACAGAUUAAUAAAAUGUUUUUUUGCACAAAAAAUUGUGACUGAGAAAU